AUGAGCAGUAUAGGAGGACACCGGCGACACCUUCUGAAAGAAAACAGGAAGGAUGUUUUGGUCAUUGGCAUCGACUUUGGGACGACGUACAGCGGCGUUGCCUGGGCCACAGCAGCUGAUUUCGAGAAAGGGAGCAUCAACGUAAUUUCCAGUUGGCCAGGAACCGGCCGCGAAGAGGGCAAGGCUCCAACUGAAAUCUCUUACGAUGGCGGUCAAGUUCUGUGGGGCUACGACAUUCCAACUCACGCUUCACGAAUCCAAUGGUUCAAGCUCCUCCUUCUAGAAAAUGAAGAUCUCAGCUUGGAAAUGCAAAAAACCCCAUUCAUCCAAAGCGCUCGAGACAGGUUGCGGAAUACCGGGAAAACGGCCGUAGAUGCAACGGCCGACUACUUAGGUUUAUUAUGGCGCCACGUGCUCAGCGUCCUCGAGAAGGCACUUGGGAGCUCGGUCAAGGCUCUAUCGUUCCAUGUUGUCCUAACCGUGCCGGCUAUCUGGAAAGACUACGCCCGACGGAAGAUGGAAACUGCUGCCCAACAAGCAGGGAUACUGAGUCGUCGCCUUGCCGGACCAACGCGCUUGAGCCUUGUGCCUGAACCCGAGGCUGCGUCGCUGUCAACGCUUCUCGAUCGCCAUGACACGGUUGCGGCGGGUAAAGUAUUUGUUGUUUGCGAUGCCGGAGGUGGUACAGUGACGAACCGCAAUCUAAUCAACGUCGGGAUUGUGAUUGAAGAGUUUUUCAACACCACAAAACACCGCGAAGAGGACAGGAUCUGGAACGAUACGGAGGGUGUCUGGAAGGCGAAAAAUCAGAUGAGGUGGUACUUGAAGAAGGGAACGUCAACACCGCCAGCCAAGUAUGCCAUGAUCAAUCGACUGUCCGAAUCGACGACCUACAAUCGCCGCGUUGCCGUCAUGGCCCUCCGAACGCUUUCCUCUCUCGUCCUGGCGGUGUCGCUGGCAGCAGCUGUCGACGUCCGGGACAGAAACAUGGACCUGGAAAGAAGCACGAAUAGCGGCCCCAGUAUUGACAUUGCCCGCCAGCGCGGCCCGGCCAUCUUCAACGCGGUGCACGACGCUAUGCGCCAAUGGGGCUCAUCGCUGCACCACAACGGCAUGUCCUUCUUCCUAGCCACGGUGCCAGAGGGUGUGCUGCUGCACCACGGCAGCAGCCAAAAGGCCUCACCGACACAUCCGGAGUGGCUGGCCUACGAGAUCGAACAUGCCGAGAACUUUGCCCGGCCACCUGGCUGGCCACACCGACCGGAGAGAGGCAGGCAUGGCGAUGCUCCGGAACGGCCGAAGACGCGAGAGGACCCUCAACAAGUCCUUCGUCCAGAGGCGAACACACAGCCGGAAACGGAGGCCGGCUGGUUGCACGUGUACCGAACCAUCCGACCGCUACACUACCUCUACAUCGACGGGAUGGGCGCUGGCAAGACCACCAUGGGCACGCUAGACUCACAGGACUUUGUCCUGAGGGGGCUGUCGCCCGAAUCGGUGGGGGCAGAACACGGACGCGAAGGCCCCCCUGGCGGUGGUCCUGCAGAUGAGAUGCAGCGCGCCGCUGACCUCUGCCGUCUGGUCACGCCCUGGGGACUGCAGGGGGUCAUCCGGAUGGAGGCCGGCUUCGAGAUCAUUCAGUGUGACUUUGCCGACGGUCUGGACCAGGUGCAGGCGUUGCGCCGGCCGAGAAGUGUCGGUGGUCCCGGAGGCGGACCCGGUCAUGGAGGCCCCGGCGGUAUGGGCAGCCUCGAGUUUCUGCGUGGCCUGUCGGAGCGAUACCAGGGUAUCGGCUCGCAUCGCACACGCAUCGACUACGCCUCCAUGGUGUCGGCCUACUUCUUCCCGCUCAACCUGACGAACCCAGAUGUCCAAAGGCCGGAUCUGGCGCGUCUGGUGUCGGCCAGCACAGACGGAUUGGCUGCUGUCCGGACGCAGCUGGCGGCUGUCGUGGCCAACCGCAGCGACACGGCGGCCGUUCGCCCGAUCGACUGGCAGGACGUCACCGACAUGAUCGUGGCGCGCUAUGCCGACCGCCUGCAGUAUAUGGCGACAGAGGUGACGUCGACGGCGCUGCUGGUGCGCGAGCUCGGCUUCCUGCUGGACGUGUUCAUCGACUACGAGGACGAUGAGGCAGACACCGACUUUGGCCGGGCCGUUGACCGCUGCACCGACUAUUACUUCCGUGCCGUGGUCCCGACGACAGCCACCGACGAGCUGAUCCAGGCGGCCCUCGUCGCCGUCACGCACGAGAUCUGUACAAUGCUGUUUGGCGUGCGAGAAAGGCUGGAAAGCAAAACGGCAGUCGAACGUACGGAGCUGGACGCGAACGUGGCCUUGGCCGACGCCGUGGCUGAGCUACGCUCGCUGAUGACACACCUCAACUGGGCUCGGUUCAAGCGCUGUCCGACAUGUGCCCUCGGCCAGGUGUGCACCAUCCCGAUGUGGCCAAUGGGAACAGUGGGAAUGUACAACUCGCCCCGGUGUUCCAACGGGUCGGACAUGUGGAACGAGGAGAGCUACUGGGGGUCGUUCGGGCGACCAGGUGGUCAUCGGGAUGACCCAGAAGGCCGCUGA